AGCACGCUUGCUGUCUAGGCGCGGAUGAUUUCGACAAGACACGCCCGUUUUCCCCUGUGCCUUCUCCUGGCAGCAUUUAUUCCGAUCUCUACGGCCUUUACAGGGAAAGUCCCAUGGAGAUUGCCGGUUGCAGAAAAACGUGACCAAGUUUUGCCCCGGUUGAAAGCGAAACAUGCCGACGAGGUUGCAGUCGAGGAGGUUCGAGCCCUGAAGCAGACGAUCCUUGAAGAGGCUGCGGGGACGUCGAAUGGACUGAAAGCGACACCGCAGCAACGGGAUGCAAUAUCCAAAGCAAUCAACGGUCUGGCGGCUGCAAACCCGACCAAGGACAUCACCACAUCGGAGCUAGCCACGGGAACAUGGGAUCUAAUCUACACCACCACGCCGGGAGCGUCUGGUGGUAAGCUUGGGCCUUUCAUUGGAGAGGUGCAGCAGGAAGUCGACAUCGCUGAGGGCUUGUAUGUAAACUACGUUCGGCUCGGACCCCUGACGGGUAGGCUGGAAGCGACGUGGGACGUUGUCAACAAGAGCCAAUGGAAGGUUGUUUUCAAGAGCAUCGCGUUUUUACUUUUUGGGCAGCAGCUGGUGAAGAACGAGCUCGACCAAGCGGGAUUAUGGACGCUAUCGUACCUCGAUGAUGACAUGCGUGUAUUGACGGCACGCUCGUUGGAGAGAGACACCGGCAAUGUUUACGUGCUUGCCAGGGCAUAAUAUGAUGAUGGAUCGCCAUUGUGCUGCUCCUUUUUUGCCAAAGCAGCGCGGUUUCCGCCAGUCCAUGUUUGCCCCAAGGUUCGCAGUCGGGUUGUUCGGACAAGGGCUGGGUACAGCGGCGAUGUCCUCGGCUGUUGAAUUCUUUCUGGCGAAA